AUGUCUGUAUCCGCUAUGCCAACUUCACAAAACGAUGAUACAAAUUACGCUUCAAAAAAAUCAUUAGAUGAUUUAAAGUUUACAGGUGGUCAUUGGUUUAGCGAACCAAAUCUGAUCACUUUCUUUAUAAGAACAGAAGAUUUUGAAUAUAAACCAUCUGAUGUUGAUGAUAAAAUUAUAAUUCCCGAUUCUUAUAUAAUUUUAAGUGGCGAAAAAUUUUCAAUGCCAUCUCAUUUUAAUUAUUCGGAAGGUGUUGGUUUAAUUAGAACUGUAUCAUUGCCUCGAACCGAGUAUUGUCGUGACUAUCAUUUUGAAACUCUUCAAUUUGGUAAUAUAAAUCGAUGGCCUAAAAAUAAUGACCUUUUAACCAUUGAAGGCGACCGUUGUCUAAUGCCAUUAAGUGAAGCUCUCUCAAUUUUUCUGUGUAUAAUUGAUUUAGCGAUUGCUUUCGCAUAUUAUACGAUCCCAGUUCAACUAAUGUAUUUCAUGAGGAAAGCACCUAGACUUCCCUUUCCUAUGGUUUUUGGUUUAUUUAGUGCUUUCAUUAUAUUAUGCGGCACAACUCAUAUCGUUUCUUCUUGGAUGCCAUGGCAUCAAACAUAUGUACUUUCCGCUAUCAUAAAAGUAAUCACUGCCAUCAUCUCACUCAGUACAGCCGCAGCAUUGACCGUAAUUAUUCCGAAAGCGUUGGAGUUACCUUUAUUGGCAGCUCAAUUCGAAGAUGAACUAAAUGAAACAUUAAUCAUGCAGAAAACUUUAAUCGAUGAAAAUCAAAUCAUGUCAAAUUUUAGACGCGUUACUCAUGCUAUUCGUGCUACUUUAUCUAAAGAAGUAAUUUAUCAUAAUACUGCUUCUCAAGUAUGCGGAAUUUUUGAUGCUGAUAGGUGUCAAAUUUUUACCUCAAAGGCUAGAGGAUGGAGAAUUGCUCAAGAUUACAUUGAAAGCGAGCACAAAUAUCAUAAUAGUAUCAAUGUUAAAUUGAAUCCUGAAAGUAGUACUAUCAAUUAUGCUAUGGAAGAAGCUAAACCUGUAUUACUUGGUCCAAAUGAUACUGAAUUAUAUGAUUUAUAUUUAGAUGGAUCUUAUCAAAAUAUUGAUACGGUUAUACUUGUCCCAAUUAAGAUUUCUGAGAAUGAAUUUGGCAUUAUCGUAAUCCAGCGUUGGAAUAAUACGGCUCAGGUUGAAUUUAAAUCGCAUAAAGAAUGGACUCAAAAUACUCAAAGUAAUCUCAUCUUCCUAGCAGAUUUAGCUGAACAAAUUUCUAUUGCUUUGGCUCAAGCCACCUUAAUCGAACAAGACAAGAAUCGUAUCUACCAACUUGCUGAACAAAAUGAUGCAUUAAUUCAAGCUAGAAAAGAAGCUUCUGCAAUUCAGGCUCAUCGUGAAUUUUUAGCAGUUAUGUCCCAUGAAAUGAGAACGCCUCUUUACGCGAUUUUCGCGUUGACUUCAAUGUUAUUAGAAAUGCCAAGUUUGUCAAAUCAAGAAAUGACCGAAAUGCGUGACAUGUUGGAAAUCAUCAAAAAGAGUGGAGAUAUGUUAAUAGCUAUUAUUAACAAUGUCCUGGAUUUCUCUAAAUAUGAGGAGGAACAAUUACACUUGGAGCGUGCACCUUUUUGUGUACAAGAAGCUGUUGAGAAUUCAUUAGAUAUAGUAUCACUUCAAGGACAAGAAUCCACUAGACCACGUAUUAAUUAUUUGAUUGAUAAUGCUGUUCCCUGUAACAUUGUAGGAGAUAUGACUAGAUUUCGACAAAUCGUUGUGAAUUUAUUGUCAAAUGCAUGUAAAUUCACUCAAAGUGACGGAGAUGUUUUACUUUCAAUUGAAAGUGAAUAUAUUGAAAGACAAAAUGUUAAAAAGAUUAGAAUUAGAGGUGAAGUUACUGAUACUGGUAUUGGUAUUUCAAAGGAAGUUUUGCCAAAGUUAUUUGAGAAAUUCUCACAAGCCGACGCGAGUAUUACGCGUAGAUAUGGUGGAACAGGUCUUGGCUUAGCGAUUGUAAGGAAAUUAGUAAAAUUAAUGAAUGGAGAGAUACGAGUUGAACCAAACACUUCGGCAAGUAGUGGAACGAAAAUGAUAUUUUGUGUUGAACUUGAUAUCGAUCCAAAUAGUCCUCCUUAUCCGUCCUUAUCUCCCUUUUUCCGUCAAAAAUCUGUACUUAUUUUGGAGAAACAUGAAAGUAACAAGAUGGGUCUCAUAAAAUUAUUAAAUCGAUGUGGUUUGCAAAGACCGCCAAAGGUUUUCACAUCUUUGAAACAAAUAGCUGAAGAUGAACAUCUAGAUGCAUUAAUAAUAAAUUUUCAGUUAUUAAUUGAAAAUAAUGAAGUAGAAAUGUUGAAACAUGAGAGAUGGUCAGAUAUACCAAUAAUGAUAUUGGUAAAUAAUAAAUCGCUUCAAAGAUCUAAUAAAUACAAAUUAGAUGGAGAUAAUUUGUUGUUUUCUUCUUUCCCUGUAAAAUUUAAAUCUAUGCUCAAGUUUUUAGAGGGAGAAUCAGGCAAUAACGAAGAAAAUUUAAAUACGAUGAGUACAUUGACGGAGUCUAUGGGAGCGAAUAAGGAAGGCAUAAAUGGUAAUAUUAAAGGUUAUGAUAAUUAUAAUUCUCGGGAUAAUUCAAUUGAAAGUGAAGAAAUACCUUUAAUAGAUUUGAGCAAGGACAGCGAUAAUCAAGAUGAUUUACGAGUACAAAGUAAAGGAUCUUUAUCAUCAAAUGGACUAUCAAUAAGUUCUGGAUCUGGACAACAUUCUAUAUUAACUACUUCACCAUCAUCAUCAAUUUCAAAUUUAUCGUCCAUUUUUACAAAAUCUUCAGAAAUUCAAAAAUAUUCACCCAUUAUAGAACCUCAAUAUGCUCUAAAACGUACAUUUUCCUCCUCAUCGACUUCGUUGGAUAUAUCCAGCCAUAAUACACAAGCAGCGACGACAGCUUCACGUAAUGAAGCAACAAUCACAACAUCGCCAUCACUUUUACCUUUUGAAGACCUUGGCAUCGAUUUAGCUGGUAAAUUUGGUAAUAUUGACGCGGAAAUACCAAGAUUAGAUGUGUUAAUUGUUGAAGACAAUGUCAUAAAUCAGAUGGUUACGUCGCGCAUACUUGGAAAAUUAAAUCAGUCGUGUGAUAUUGCCGGAGAUGGAAAAACCGCCAUAAGCAAAUGUGAGAAUAAAGAUUAUGAUGUUAUAUUUAUGGAUAUUUCGAUGGCCGAUAUGGAUGGAUUUCAGACAACCGAGAGUAUUCGAAAUAUAUUUAAAGAUAUGAGACGACCGUGGAUUAUUGCGUUAACAGGUAAAUGA